GGAAGUAGUGACUAGGGAAAUAAGAAGGAAGGAAAGCGGACUGCCGGGCUCUGUGGAGGGCACGGCGCUCCUCCUCCACAGCCUCCUCCUCUUCCUCCCGCGGGAAGCUCCCGGCGGCCGCACGUGCCGCCCAGCCCAGGCUCCUCCCCUCCUCUGCCCCCGCCCGGGAGCGGCCAGGCGCUGCUUUCUCUCCGCCCGCCGAGAUGGCGCUCGACCCCGCAGGGCAGCAUCUCAGACAUGUUGAAAAGGAUGUUUUGAUCCCUAAAAUAAUGAGAGAAAAAGCCCGAGAGAGAUGUUCUGAACAAGUUCAAGAUUUUACCAAAUGUUGCAAGGACUCUGGAAUCCUUAUGGUAGUAAAAUGCCGGAAAGAAAAUUCUGCAUUGAAAGAAUGCCUAACUGCCUAUUAUAAUGAUCCAGCCUUUUAUGAAGAAUGCAAAAUGGAAUACCUGAAGGAAAGGGAAGAAUUCAGAAAAACUGGAAUUCCUACCAAGAAAAGGCUACAGAAGCUUCCCACAAGCAUAUAGGUGUGUCCCUGCUCUGCUUAGGAAUUAGGUUCCAUCUGGGCAGAAUCUCCAUUUCCUUUUAAAGAAGAUGCAGAUUUUAUUUUCACUAAUAGGAGAUCAAGAGGAAGGAGAGAUUGUACUCCCUGGAGUCAGCUGUGUUCAUUGGUCAGAAUAAAUUCCAGCAUCUGACACCAAUUCCAUUAAUCACAGACAAGCCUGAAUAAGUGAGUAAGAUAAUAGAAAGACAAAAAUAUCUGGUGAACGGUGAACAUUGUUUAUGUAUGUAUGCUAUUCAGUUAAUAUAUUAGAGAUCGGAGAUACUCUUUUGAGUUCAAGAUAUUUAAAACUAAAAAAGGAUAAAGGCCUCCUACAUGAAACACUUUAUCUCAGGCAAAAGAUGUAUAAGCCAACUAAUACAUUAUAUUACUAAUAUGUUAAUUCCACCACCCUGUAAGAAUUUAGAUAGAUUUCUGUGUGAAGCCAUCCUUGUUAUAUGCUUGUUUAUAAAUGAUAGGCCACUUAGAAUCAAAAAGUCUGGGGACAUUUCAUGAUUGUACUAUAUCAAAACAACACAGAAUUUGGUUUAUAGAAUUACAGUUCCUAAUUUGGUUAAGGAAAAAUCACUAUCUCAAUGAGUAAAAUGUUACAUUUCAAAUAAACUAACAAUUUAUAAAUUGCUCUACAUAACUAGCAGGUACAGACCCUGAUGAAAAUGACUUUAUCCAGUUACAUACUUAGAUUUUCAUUAUGGACCACUGAUGGCACAGAUUUAGACUAAAACCUUUGUGGUGCUCUUUCUACUUCUCAUUGAAUACUAUAGAAUUGCAAUAGUUCACACACAUUUUCACUUUUCAGUUAGGAUUUGAGGACAAAGUUGGCUUCAAUGAUCAGGUUAUUUCAAGUCUUAACACUGUGAUUUAAAAAGUCUUAAACUUUGAAAACACAAUAGCAUAUGGAGAUGGAAUAACCUAUAAGAGAUGCUAUUAUUUAACCAUAACACUUUUUGUCUUUAUUCAGUAGAAGGUCAGCAGAAACAUAACUUACUCAUUUUGCCAUUUGCUCUUUUUUGCAACUUAAAGCAACUUAUAAUUUGUCUCAUAUUAAUGGCCUCUUAUUUUUACGAAUGGAUAUUUACGCAUUUCACAUGCUUUAUAAAACCAUGUCCAAGAAAUUUUAAUUCCAUUCUUUAUGUGAAGCUGUUAUUUACAAUUACUAUCAAAGGUAAAAUUGUCUCUUUAAAACAACUUGUUUAUUUAUUAGUAAGCAGCAUAUGUCUGAUUCUUAGCCGGAACGUGGAGCUGGACGGUGCUCUUUCAUACUGGGAAAUCAACUACAUAAUGUGGAACAGUAUGUGCAAACGUAUAUACCGAAGAACUCUGCAAAGUUUAAUUGAAAUCUGCUUUCAGUUUGUUAAAUAACUUCUUGAGAGUGCCACUGAGGGAGAUACAAUAACCUCAUGACCAAAUCAUUAAUCUCUUCAGAAUUAAUUCUUAAAAAGACAGUUUUGAUUAUGUUGAUCCAAGUAAUGCAGUGGUGGCAGGUUGGGUAAAGGCAAAGUUUUAUUUUUAGUUUCCCCAAAUGCUGUCUCACUUGAUUUAGGAGGGCUUGGGAAUACCCAAGAAUUAUCUUCCAGAGAAUUUCUGCCAUAAGAGCUGUGUUCCUGAAAGUUAGGACCAUCAUGAAGAAUGGAUCGCUCAUUAUCUGUCCAUGAUUGGAGAAUUGCUUUCUCUGAUAAAACCUUUAUAUCUCCUGGUAAAGGGGAAGAUGUGGUAUGGCAAACACUUUUGCCAUUCGGUGAGAGAGGGGAAUGUCUUUUGUAUGUUGCAGUAAAAUUCGCCAAGUGCAGUUUUGUGCUGUCUUUCCCAAGGUCUUCCAUGCAUCCUACUGGGGCACAGGCUAAAAAGAAAGCACAGGCUAAAUGUCGGUUGUCAAGGCAUUUGUGAUCAUAAAACACAUAACACUUCAUUAAUUUCGUUAAAUGUAGAACUGGAAAUAAAAUUAACAUUUCUAAGUUUGCGUGACCACUGGGGCACUGUGACUUGAAGACUGAUGAAAAAUUAUCUGAGUUCUAAUUCUGGAUCACUAUUUACUGGCAUUUUGACUUUUAGAUAGGUUAAGUCAUUUGUGUCCAGGUGUCACUUCUCUUACCUGCAAAAUGGACAUAGUAAUCUUGUCCUGCCUAUAUCACAGAAUAAUUAAGAUGAAGAAUUCCAUAGUUAAAGAAGUUAGAAGCCAGAGUUAAAAUACAGGAAGGAUCCCCUUCUUGGCUCAUAAUGUGGCUAGAAAAUGUUUGCAGACUACGUGUCAGUGGAAACUAAGCUAUUCUAAAGUAAUGUUUUGUUAAAUAUAAUAUCCUUUGCUUAUUCAAAUCUUUUUUCCAUAGUACUUCAAAAGUAAAUUUUUUCAGAAAUAAUUACAUUGUGAAUUGAUCCAAAGGCUUUUAUGGAUAAAAGUUUGAAUACAUAAUAACCUGUUUCUUAAAUAAACACAUAUUUCUGCUGUGGUUAUAGUAAUAGGUGAAGGGCAAAAAUGUUUAGUACACACAUAAUGGCUUAGAAAAUAAACUGCUUUAAAGCUGUUAUUUAGUGAUAGCCAACAUAAUGGUAGUAUGAGCUUCUCUGCCCCUUCCCAUUUAACCAACUGUGGCAAAAUGCUAGGAAUUAGAACAAAGACUUGAAUCUAUAAUUUUAUA